AUGACUGCUCCCAUUUCCACCAUCUCAGAGAGCAAGGAGCUCCGAGGCCUCAAUCUGAUCGCUGCCCAUUCCCACAUCAGAGGCCUUGGCGUCGAUGCCGACACAUUACAGCCACGGGCAGCCUCCCAAGGCCUUGUCGGCCAGGAGAAGGCCCGUAAGGCUGCGGCCGUGAUCCUGCAAAUGGUCAAGGAAGGGAAGAUCGCCGGCCGCGCCGUCCUCAUCGCAGGUCCUCCCAGCACCGGCAAGACGGCGAUCGCAAUGGGCAUGGCUCAAGCGCUAGGUCCCGAUGUCCCUUUCACCACUCUUGCCUCGUCGGAAAUUUUCUCUUUGGAGAUGUCCAAGACAGAAGCUCUGACGCAAGCCUUUCGCAAAUCGAUCGGGGUGCGAAUCAAGGAAGAGAGCGAGAUCAUCGAGGGAGAAGUGGUGGAGAUCCAGAUUGACCGCAGCGUCACUGGGCAUACUUUUGCUGACUGCAUGCAGGGCAACAAACAAGGGAAGCUCACGAUCAAGACCACCGACAUGGAGACCAUCUACGAUAUGGGGACCAAGAUGAUCGACUCGAUGACCCGAGAGCGCGUCAUGGCAGGAGAUGUAAUUUCCAUCGACAAGUCGUCCGGCAAGAUCACCAAGCUUGGUCGUUCCUACGCUCGGUCGCGUGACUACGACGCCAUGGGCCCAGACGCCAAGUUCGUGCAGUGUCCGGAGGGCGAGCUGCAGGUUCGCAAGGAGAUUGUGCAUACCGUCAGUCUACAUGAGAUCGAUGUGAUCAACUCGCGAACCCAAGGCUUCCUGGCUCUUUUCUCUGGUGACACGGGCGAGAUCCGGAGUGAAGUUCGGGAUCAGAUCAACACCAAGGUGGCCGAAUGGAAAGAAGAGGGCAAGGCUGAGAUCAUCCCUGGUGUGUUGUUCAUUGAUGAGGUGCACAUGCUUGACAUCGAGUGCUUUUCCUACAUCAACCGCGCAUUGGAGGCUGAGCUCGCGCCGAUCGUCAUCAUGGCCAGCAAUCGCGGCCACACACGGAUCCGAGGGACCACGUACCGCUCGCCGCAUGGUCUCCCGCUCGACUUCUUGGACCGCGUGGUCAUUGUCAGCACGCAGCCUUACACAGCAGACGAGAUCAGACAGAUUCUGGCGAUUCGCGCGCAAGAGGAAGAGGUCGAGCUGUCCCCGGACGCGCUGGCUUUGUUGACCAAGAUCGGGCAGGAGUCCGGUCUGCGAUAUGCAAGCAACAUCAUCACGACGUCGCAGCUGCUCUGUGAGAAGCGAAAAGGCAAGGAAGUCAGCAUCGAUGACAUCCAGCGCAGCUACCGGCUAUUCUAUGACCCCGUGCGUAGCGUCAAAUUCGUAAACGAGUUCGAGAAGCGGUUCAUCGGCGACGCCGGCGACGUGAGCCUCUCCCACACCAACGGUGACGCCAUGGAGAUCUCGUAA